AUGGUUACGACCACCUGGAAUUGUACAGUCAGCGUCCUCCGCGAAGAGACACUUGUCGGUGCUGUAGUUGAAGUGGCUGCACAUCAGCAAUUCCUCUCGGUGGGUCAUGUGGAGGCGAAAGCGAGCGUGUGCAGCUCAUGGCGACCACAGGCAAGAAAGAAGCUUGUCUUGUUGCCAAUUUCAUGCAUCUCUUUCUUGGGGGUUUUAGUCUGUUCCCACAUUGAAGUGGCAAAGCCCCUGUGCCAGUUUUCCUUUUCCAAGAUCGAGCUAAAGCCUUUAUAUCUGCUGCAAUAUCAGAGAAGAACUAUGCGCGCAGCCUUCGAAUUGGCACAAGCGAAUUGGUACCGGCUUGUCAAGGUCAACUCGGAGCAGCAGCGCAACAGUGACGAGAGCGACGAUCCAAGACGGGCGAUGGAGGCUGACAUUUGCAAGCUGAAGGUACUCGUGGGGGCUGAAAACCUGGCACUGCGAGCGCGGGCAAUGGGAGCCACUCAAAGUCCGUUAAAUCUGCAGCUUCGUCGGGCCAGAGCAAUUGUGAACGGGUUUCAAGAUCUACAUGACUUCUGUGUGUCGACGCCACCAGUUGAGAAUGCUUGUCAUUCAUCCGUGGAGAAGGUUGUGCUGAUUAAUGACGAGAGCGAGGAAGACGAAGCAGCGCCGACCCGUAGGCUCUUCACGAAGAAGAGAAUGAUCGCUUCAUGUGAAGACGGCACCGUCCAGGGUAAGGAAAACAAGAGGGCUAAGCAUGCACACAACUUGGCUUCAAUUGGUGAUGACGGUGUUGCUACCGCGACUGAGGAACACAAAGAAGAGCGUGACAGCUCAGCGCAGAUGGCCGAAGUGGACUCAGAGCAAGCUCGAGAUGAGCGUUUUGCCAGCGUUGAAUUGCACGGUCAGGAGCAGCCUGAAGGCUCUGAAGGCUUGACUCUAACGGGCUGGGCGGUGGGAACGGGCAUACCCGCCGAGUCGUUCGUUGCAGCUCGUGCCAUUUUCACCGCGAGUAGGACGGCGGGGGUGCGUGGAGUGUCGUUGGCUCAGUUCGUGGGGGCGUUGCUGGGAGAAAUUGAGGUGGAUAUCGACAUUUGCAACAUUCCAAUUCCGUCGGCCGACACCCCGUCCCCUUCCUGUCGCCCCCCAACAAGCCAUGGACUCAAAGGUUUUUGA